GUAUCCGUGAGCGGAAAGGACACGCGUGCAGUGCCUGCAUAGAGUUGAAAAAAGUGACUAAACUAAACUUUACAAAUGUAUCCAGCAGAAAGCCACGAAAAAAACUUUUAGUAAAGAUAAAUCUAUGACUUUGCUCUGCUUAAAUUUAACAUUCAAUUUAAGUGCAAGCUGCAUUUGAUUAUAGUGCUUCAACUGUGAAAACAAACCAAAAAGCAAAGUAAAUUAAAAGCAAAAGAAAACAAACAAAAACAAGGAAAAACCAAAGCAAACCAAAACAAACCAAAGCACAACAAAAACGAGAAGCGAACAGCGAGAAGCGAACAGCGAAAAACGAAAUUUAAACGUCUGUAUAUUAAUCAGUGGCUGCUUCCCCGUGGACAGCCGCAGCUUUGAGCUUCAGACUUCAAGCUUCAAGCUGCCAGCUGGACAGCAGGUCCUGCAUUACCACAGCAGGACAACUUAUCACCAAGGAUUUACAAACGCCGAGCGCAAAGCCGCUUAGAGGCGAGGGACGCAGCGUCGCAUGCCCCAAGGAAAACGCUAAUCAACGGCCGCAGCAACCAGACGCCAAACUCAGCUACUGCCACUGGCCACGCCCCCUACUGCUGUAGCAGCCACAGCAGCAGCAGCGGCAAGAAGAAGCAGCCCAAACAUCGCCUCAUUUGGCCACUGCGGAUUAUGUUAAUUAGAUUUUAAGCACGCGAUGAUGCCAGGGGAACAAUUGACGUUGUAAUGCGACAACAGACAACUGCAACAACAACAACAACAACAACAACAACAACAAGCGACGAAUGGCAAAGGCAACGGCAGGCGAAGCGAUGCGCGAUUUUUAAUUGACAUUUGUUGAAGUUAAGCAGCGUUUUGUGCAGCAAUUAGCCAAAAGGACAAAGCCAGGUGAAACAUAAAAAUGUAAGAAAGAAAGGGGAGAGCGCGAAACAAUUGAAAAACUGAUGGCCAAGCUGCUAUUUAAUUAAAAAUUCUGCAUAUUUAGCAGUCAGCGCUGAAAAGUAGGCAACGCUUUCUCUCUGCCUACCUCUCUCUCUGUCUCUCGCUGUCGCCCCAAAGCAAUGGCCGCCGCGCCGCACCGGAAGUCCAUGCGUACGGCAAAGCUGUCAAACCGUUGACAGUUGUCACAUGGUCCAGCACGUGACGAAAACGAAAGACAAAAAGCCAAGCAAUAGGCGCCCUUUGGUACGUGAGUGCAUGAAUGAAAUGAAUAAAUAAAUGGCAGGCAAAUGAAUGAAACGUCCAAAACGUUGGCCAUAUUCGACAAAUUUCAGACGCGGCGCUAAACGUUCGCACGUACAGCGCAUAAAUUUCAAGUGAAAUUAAAGGCCAACCCUCACACACACACACACACACACACACCAGGAAAACGAGUCUUAAACGAAAAAUAGUGCCAAAUAAACGAGGCAGCCCCACAGCCACGCCCACGUCCACGCCGUAAAUAUGCUGCUCGGCCUGAGUUUCAUUUGGGCCCUGCUGCUGUGCAGCGCUCAGGCUUUAUCCUUGACGAACGUCGCUGCCGAGCAGGAGGAGCGCAAGCUGGCGCUGGCGCAGCAUCUCAGCUUUCUAGGCGUGCGCCGCAUGCUGCGCGAUGAGCACGCACCGGCUCAUUAUAAGGCCGAGCUGCGCUACCAGCACAAGCGCGAGACGCAGCCGCGCGAGAAACGCGAAGCGGCAGCUGCCUCGCUGCUGAAUCUGACGCGCCAGGGUCUGAGCGUCUAUGACAGCCAACAGAACUAUCAGGGCCAGUUCGAGCUGGUGAAUCGCCUCGAUCUCAGUCACAAUCGGCUGAGCAGCCUGCAGCUGCAGAACUUUACGCAGCUGCAGCAGCUGCACGCGUGCAACAAUACGCUGACCGUGCUGCCAGCUGUGAGCGGCACGCUGAUCACACUGGAUCUCUCCGGGAACCAGCUGAGCCAGCUCUCGGGCAGCUUCUUCGAGCAGCGCAUGCCACAGCUGAAGCAGCUUAAUCUGGCGCACAAUCGGCUGGGCGGCGCCAUAGCUCGCCAGGCCUUCUACAAUCUGAUUGGUCUGGAAACGCUGCUGCUUAGCUGGAACAACAUAACGGACAUCGACUAUGAAACCUUCUUGGCGCUGCCCAAUCUGCAGCACUUGGAUCUGUCGCACAAUCAGCUCAGCGGCUCAGCCAUACGCGCUCUGCAGGGCAUACCCGAUCUGGUUAGCCUAUCGAUUGCCUACAAUCCGCAGGUGGGCGCUGCCAUGCAGGAGUUCGUCGCCUCGUGGAGCCUCAAGGAGCUGGAUGCCAGUGGCACGGGCCUGUGCCAGGUGCCCGCCGCCCUGGCCCAAUCGGUGCGCACGCUCAAGCUGUCGCACAACUGGCUACAGUCAAUUAACUGCGGUGAUUUGGACAGCUAUCCGCUGUUGCAGUACCUGGAUCUGUCGUACUCACACGUGGCCCAGCUGGAGGACGAUGCCUUGGGACGUCUGGAGCUGCUCGAGCUGCUGUUCCUCGAUCACAACAGCCUGAUGCGUGUGCCGAACAGUUUGCCCACCUCGCUGGAGCAUCUCUUUCUGCAGCACAACAGCAUCAUGGAGCUGCAGCCGCAGGCAUUCGUUGGCCUCAAGAACCUUAAGACUUUGGAUCUGUCCGGCAAUCGCUUGAUGUUCUUGCCGGCACUGCCCUUGCCCCAGCUGCUCACACUCAAUCUGCAGUCAUCGGGCAUUGAGUCGGUCAGUCAGUCGAUUGUGCACACGCUGCCGCAGCUGCGCGAUCUGCUGCUGGAGGACAAUCCGGUCAGAUGCAGUGAUUUGCUGGGCAUUGCCGAGUGGGCCAGUCCCUGUCGCAGUGUCGAUUUGGGACGAACGUUGGGCCGCAUCGAUCUGAAGCGGCGCUACGUGCAGUUGGGCAACUUUUACGACAGCUUCAGCCCAACGUGCGGGGGCGUGGCAAAUGAACUGGACACAGCAGAUGAAGAAGCUGUGCAGCAGGCCAAAUCAAUGCCGCCCACUUGCGGCAUAACAGCGACAACAGCAGCAACAACAGCAACAACAAUGCCAGCAACCAUGCCAAAAGUACAAAAGUCAAAGGCAGCAGCAGCAACGCAGACAAAUGCAAUGCAAUCAAGCGGCAACAACAUUGCGCUGCUAACCACAAAAACUUUAGGGCCAGCUGAAACGACUUCGUUAGCUCAACUGCAGCGCCAACAAAUGCCUGGCAUGCCAACAGAAAUAAUAACAACAACAGCAGCAGCAACAGCAACAACAAUUGCAACAGCCGCAGCCGUUGGCGUGCCAAGUUUGCAGCACGCUGCCAAACGCACAAGCAUUUUGGCAAGCAGCUCACCGACGCCGCCAGCAACAACAACAACAAUAACCACAGCGCCGACCAGACUGGCCAAGCCAACAAACAUUAGCAAUGUUGCUGCGGUCGCAGCAACACAGCUCGAUGUGCCACAAACAAUUUUGGCGCUUAUAAGCUCUGAUGUUGCAAGCAAACAAAAACUGGCCAAGAGUGUAUUAAAACAGACAGCAACAACCGAAUCGACAGCAGCAACAACAGUUGCUGCUGAGAUGCCAAGCGACACUGCCGGUCAGGAGCCACAGCCGAUACAUAAACAUGCCACGCUGCAGCUGCAUAUUAAAGAUCGCCAUCUAAUUGGUACGCCGCUGUUGAUGCACAAGGGCGACAACCUGCUGAUAGAUGCGGAGCAAUUGCUGCUGCCCGGAACGGCAACUGUGGCGGAUGCGGAAACAUUGGCUGCCAGCCAGCGCCAGGAAGCGACUGAUAAGCGACAAGCGGAAGCAAUAAAGGGCGACACAAAGGCGUCGGCCCGAGCAGACCCAGAGCACGCGAAGCUGAAGAAGAAGCCCUCGCUGAGCAUUAAGAAGAUGACCUACAGCACCAAGCAUGCAGCAGCAACAAUAAAGACGACAGCAGCAGCAACUGAAACAACAGCAACAGUCACGCAGAGCACACGGCCACAGCAUCAGCAUCAGCACAGCAGCGUAAACACGCCAAAUGAAUUUAAGCAGGAGCUGAGCACAUUUGCCCAGCUGAAGGCCUUUGUGGAGCUCAAGACGGAAGCCUCCAAGUCCGCCCAGCUGCUGGCCACGCGUCUCAGCCCGCAGCAGACCCUAAAUGGCAGCCAUCCCGGCCUUAUGCUGCUGCUCGCCUGCAUCCUGGUGAUUGUGUUGCUCGCCGGCCUGGCGCAUGUUUAUCGCUGCGAGCUGCCCUGGCAGCGUGGCCCGCGCGCCGGACACCAGCGACCGCAUCAUCAGCGUCAGCUGAACGAGAACGACGAUGUGCACAGCUUUCUGCAUUAUCAGGGCUCCGGUCAAGCGGAUCCGGCACGUUUGGGCGCCUGGCAUCACAGCACCAGGCGCGAGGCGCCCUACAGCUCGCCGCUGCACAAUCUGCAGGCGCGUGAGCUGCAGCGCGAACAGCAGAAGCUGCAGUUCUACAGCGCUUCGCUGGCGGACAGCUCCAUUGGCAGCGGCAGCGGCAGUGGCUGCUCCUCCGGCAGCAGUCGCAGCAGCCUGCAUUCCCCCAGCAACGAGGAUAGCUACUACAUAGAGAUGGCGCCCAGCAGUCCCAUGACUGCCGCCAGCGACAUGUCCCAUCUGCCCAUGGAGCUGCUGGGCAGCAGCAACAGCAACAGCAGCGGCGCACACACAGACCCAGCUGCUGCCACACACCUGGGCAAUGGCUUGACGCCCACGGCGUCGACGCUGCGCUCGAUGAGCAGCAAGCUGAUGGCGCCCAGCACACGACGGCUGGGCAUCUGGUGACAAACCGUUUUUGGACAGCGACAAUACGCAACACUCCAGUGAAUCAAGGGCAAAUAAA